ACAGCUCUGAGAUACAUGAAGAGGCUCUAUAGAAUGUUUGCCACCAAGGGAGGGAUUCCGAAGCCCAGCAAAAGUCAUCUCUAUAACACAGUCCGUCUUGUCACUCCACAUGCUGAAUGUGAACAUCUCUCCAAGAACCAAGAAAGAGGAGACCUUCAUUCAGUGGACUUGCUCUUCAACUUGGACUAUGUUACCACCUUAGAGCACUUAUUCAAGUCAGUCUUACUUUACUCAUUUGACAGGCCGGUUUCUAAAUCUUUAGCUAUUACAUGCACAUGCAAUCUACUUAUAAGGGAGCAUGUUGCCUCUAGCCAAGUGUGUCCCAAUAUCUCACAUGCAGUGACUUUUAACCUCCAUGUUGAACUUGGACGCAAGUGGGUUGAGAUUGAUGUGACCACUUUCCUUCAGCCUCUGAUAGCCUCUGGCAAGAAAAGCAUUCAUAUAGCUGUAAAUUUCACUUGCCUGAAAAAUGAUGAGACUCCCAGCUAUAAUAUGGCACGGUUAUCUCCUUCACUUCUCCUGUUCCUCAAUGACACGAGUCAGCAAGCUCACCAUCAGUGGAAUUUUCUCAAGCACAAGAGAAUGAAGCCAGCACUGUUCAAGCAGAAAAAGAGUUUGAAUGAAGAAGCAAGAAAAAAUCUCAAACAGGGCAAAAGAGCACCUCGUCACAGAAGAGAGGCAGGUGGGAAAGUAGAAAACACGCCAUCUCCAAUAUAUGAUUUAAGCCAGUACUACAGACAGUACCUCUUUCCCCAAAAUGAAUGUGAGCUUCACAACUUUUGGCUGAGAUUCAGCCAGCUGAAGUGGAACAGGUGGAUCAUUGCACCGCGCAAAUACAAUCCCCGCUAUUGCAAGGGUGAGUGUCCAAGGGUAGUUCGGCAUCGCUAUGGGUCACCUGUCCACACAGUGGUACAGAACAUCAUAUAUGAAAAGCUGGAUUCUUCAGUCCCGCGGCCUUCCUGCAUUCCUGCUGAGUACAGACCUCUGAGUGUCUUGAAGAUGGAACCUGAUAGAUCAAUUGUGUAUAAAGAGUAUGACAAUAUGAUAGCCACCAAAUGCACUUGUCGGUAA